AUGAGUGAUGCAGAAAAUAUAAUCAUAGAAUAUACUGAAGUAGGACUUGUGAAGAGUAGAAAAAUUUCGGAGGGACACCUGAUCACGCAAGUGAUGGUUUUGGCUAGAGCUCAUGGGCAAAAUUCUACCUGA